AUGGCUGCAUGGGAGGGUAAUGUGGACAGAUACGCUCGAUUGAUGCACCCACGGAGGCUCAGAGCGGAAACUGAAUACAAUUGUAUUCUUCGUGGGAUUUAUCACCGUAUAAGUUUUGCCCGAUGGUGGGCCUAUCAGCUGGAAACCAACCCCGGGCGAAUCAUUCUCCCAGGUAAAUUGCUCAGCGAAGGCCAUGAGUGCGAGUGUCGCGAGAUUCGCACUGCGAUAAAUACUCGCAAAAUCAUGAACAAUGAUAUCUCUGACCUUGACGAUGACUCUGACUGCCUCCCUUGGCUUAUCUGGUGGCCGGUAAGGCCUCAUGAGAACACUUUGCGUGAGCUGGCUGGCAAGUGUCCGUCCAUGAGACACCAAAUUGCGAUCACCGCCAUACUUUGUGACUACAAGUCGCUUUUCAGGUUGUUGAAGCCCCCUCCACGCGAGUCCUUUUUCGAGGCUGCUAAACAGAGCAGAAACCCGUUCUACCUCAAAUAUCUAGAAGAAUUUGUUAGAGAACGUUCCAUUGGAAGCAGAGAAAUAUUAGAGUUCGGCCCUUACGAUACCGCCGUGGAAGCAAGUUUACAGCCUGAUUUGGAGCCCAGAGAUUCUUUCGCUCAUUCUUCUAUCCAAUUCUCUGAUAUGGUUGUUCCUUGGGGGCAGCAUCCCAGAGACGAAUGGGGCUCUCCUGGUAUCUAUGGCGGUCAGCCGGCUGACCCGGGAGUUGUGGAGAGAUACAUGUGGCUGUCAACUGAAACUGCGCAAAAGAUUGAAGACGAAUCCAGCGGAAUCUACAACGAUAGCGCGGACACUGGCUACUUGUAUAUUGAAGAUGAUGAUCCGGAUAACGAACUUUGGCUGAAGCUCUCACGUCCUCUAAAGCGUAUGACAUCCUUCGAAAUGAAAGACUCGGAGGACGAAAGCUAG